AUGCCAGGACGUAAAGCUCCAGUUGUGCGGCCGCGUACCACCCCUCUUGAGACGAACAAUCGUCCCGAUGAGUGGCGGAUCGAGCAAGGCAUGCAAGGUGCCAAGCUGCCCAUAAUAGACCAAUCUGGAAAAGAAACGGUAUUCAUCCACCCUGUUGAUCCCCCGGAAAUCACCAAAGAUCAAGCUGCAAUUGAUGCAGUCGGAGAUCGGAAGAAGCUGUUUGCUGCUGAGCGGAAGGGGUGGAAGGGUUAUGUUGAGUGGGAGAACUAUCCCGAGAAAAAAGCCAAAGCACGUGAAAUCCUUCACGCUCAAACCUUCCCACCUACACCGGAUUACAUGACCGGUCCGAUCCCAGGCACAAAUCCGGUGCUGCCUGGUGAUGACUUCACGGCAUGGCAUCAUGCUAUCGAUGGUGAGCUGGCAGACGCUCCCGAGAGCUCCUGGGAAACAGUUCUGAAGGAGAAGCACAAGGACAUGUUACACUUGCUCAAGUUUCCUUACAAUGGCGAGCCUCCUAAGCGCUUGGUAACGUCUAAAGCUAUCACCCCUAAUCCCCUCCACUUUGUGCGUAAUCACGGUGGAAUUCCCAUCAUCAAGAAGAAGGAUUUUACUUUUACUUUGGAUGGUCUGGUCGCGAACCCUAAGACAUAUACCCUAGACGAUAUUAUGGACGAAUCUCGCUUCCCACGGAUCGAGGAAACCGUUACAAUUCAAUGCUCCGGCACCCGUCGAAUUGAGCAAAUCGCCCUGUAUCCGGGUCAAGGAGACGAGGUACCACAGGCACCUUGGGCUGAGGGAGCCAUUGGCACUGCCACAUAUCGUGGCAUUAGUCUAAAGAAGCUUAUCAAAGACUGCGGAGGCCUUGUCAAUGGUGGCAAGCAUCUUGAAUUCUACGGAGCUGACACAUAUUUCAAGGAUUUAGAUGUCUUGAACUAUGUAGUCAGCGUUCCGUGGUCAAAGGUAAAGGCCAACGAAGUUAUCCUUGCAUGGGAAAUGAAUGGUGAGCCACUGCCUGCAAUUCAUGGCUACCCUCUACGCGUCGUCGUUAUGGGCUAUAUCGGCGCUCGCAGUGUCAAAUGGCUGUACCGCAUCAAAGCCAUUGAAACUCCAUCUCUCGCCCCAGUCCAAAGCCGGGAGUAUCUUUACUUCAACCAGCAAACUGGCAAGCAUAAUCAGAAGCCAACGAGCGGCAUUCAGAUUCAGGAGAUGCCCGUUAGCUCUGCCAUCAUGUCACCAUGGAAGGGACAUGUUAUCAUACACAACGGGAAGAUUCACUGCAAAGGCUGGGCUUACUCUGGUGGAGGCCGAUGGCCUGAGAGAAUCGAGCUGUCUUCUGAUGGUGGCUUCUCCUGGUAUGAAGUGCCGCAUGAGAAGCUGUCUAAAAAGGGCCAAUGGACCUGGCGCACUUGGGAAAUUGACCUACCAUGUGACGUGGAAGGCUGGAUUGAGAUUGUAUGCCGAUGCUGGGAUAAUUCGCUCAAUACUCAGCCCUUGACUGUCCGUUCUGCUUGGAAUUGGGGCUUGCACGUCACAAGCUCAGCACACCGCAUUCCAGUUUACAGCAUCAACAAGACCAAGCAGCUGACUAGGGAGCGGCUUGCAAAGUUGGAGAAAGAAGGCAUCCCAUUAGCGCCGAUCUCACGCUAUGAAAUCGUACAUACGCAGUCUGAUGAGGAGAUUUUGAAGUUUUAUAAGGAACAUGAUCCACGCGAUGCCGAUAAUCUGUGA